CUGUCUGCCUGCACUGCCAGCCUCUUCAGUCCCCACCAUGAAUAUCCAGUUUGCCCCUACCGACCUGCCCCUAAGCAGAAGACUGCAGACGGCCUCGGUGCUACAGUGGGUCUUCUCCUUUCUGGGCCUGGCUCCAAGCUGCAUCGUGCUGUUCUUUGUGUUGAUGUUCACUCGGUUCUGGCUGAUCAGCGUGCUGUACGCCUGCUGGUGGUUCAUCGACUGGGAAACACCAUCCAAGGGGGGCAACAGGGUUCACUUCCUCUCCAAUCUACGUGUCUGGGACUACAUGAGGGACUACUUCCCUGUAAAGCUGGUGAAGACAGCGGACUUGGACCCCAGGCAGAACUACAUCCUUGGUUUUCAUCCCCAUGGGAUCCUGGUGGCUGGAGCCUUCACUAACUUCUGCACGUACGCUACAGGCUUCAGGAAACUGUUCCCUGGACUGGACAGCUUUCUGCUGAUGCUACCUCUCUGGUUCAGAGCCCCCUUCUUCAGAGACUACAUCAUGAUGGCAGGUUUGAUUCCCUCGGACAAGGAGAGUGCCAGCUAUCUGUUACGUCGACAGGGAGGUGGGAAUGCCGUUGUUAUAGCAGUAGGAGGAGCCCCCGAGGCCCUUGACGCACACCCUGGCGCCUUCACCAUUCUCUUAGCCAAUAAGAAGGGCUUCAUCAAACUGGCAAUGGAACAUGGUGCCCAUCUGGUGCCGGUCUUCUCCUUCGGGGAGAAUGAGUUGUUCGACCAGGUGGAGAACCCUCGAGGCACCUGGAUCCGCUUGAUUCAGGACAAGCUGCAGAGCAUCAUGGGUAUCUCUCUGCCCCUCUUCCACGCGCGGGGCAUUUUCCAGUACAGCUAUGGUAUCAUGCCCUACAGGAAGCCCAUCAACACUGUGGUGGGACGGCCAAUCAGAGUGGAGAAGAAUGAGAAGCCCACAGUGGAGGAGCUUGACGCCCUCCAUCAGCUUUACACAGAAGAACUCAGCCAGCUGUUUGAGGAGCACAAGGGCAAGUAUGGAGUGCCAGAGGACCAACACCUCAGCUUUGUCUGAGCAGGACUCAUAACCAGGAGAGAUAGAGAGAGAGAGAGAGAGAGGGGAGAGGGAGAG